AGCUCGGGGCCGGGACGGAGCCGGGUUUGCUCUCCUUUCCGGAAUGUGAGGCUCUGGGUUCGGCAGUGCAUUGCGUUCGCCCCGGUCUUGCCGGUAUCCCGCGGCCGCCGUCAUCGCCGGUGCUCGGUUCGCGCGCGCACGCGGAGGCCAGGCGGCCGGGGCCGUGAGGCGCGCGCUCGCGUGGUCGCCGCCCCUCGGAAGCCUCCGGGGCCGCACACGGGUUCGCUACGGAGGGAGGCGGGGGCCUGCGGGAGGAGGCGGAGGAGGAGCGAGGGAAGAUGGCGGCCGUGGAGCUCGAGUGGAUCCCCGAGACGCUCUACAACACCGCCAUCUCCGCUGUCGUGGACAACUACAUCCGCUCGCGUCGCGACAUCCGCUCCUUGCCGGAGAAUAUCCAGUUCGACGUUUACUACAAGCUUUACCAACAGGGACGCUUAUGUCAACUGGGCAGUGAAUUCUGUGAAUUGGAAGUUUUUGCUAAAGUUUUGAGAGCUUUGGAUAAAAGACAUUUGCUUCAUCAUUGUUUUCAGGCUUUGAUGGAUCAUGGUGUUAAAGUUGCUUCUGUCCUGGCCUACUCAUUCAGUAGACGGUGCUCUUACAUAGCAGAGUCAGAUGCUGCAGUAAAGGAGAAGGCCAUCCAGGUUGGCUUUGUGUUAGGUGGAUUUCUUUCCGAUGCAGGCUGGUACAGUGAUGCUGAGAAGGUUUUUCUGUCUUGCCUUCAGUUAUGUACUCUACAUGACGAGAUGCUUCACUGGUUUCGAGCAGUGGAGUGUUGUGUGAGGUUGCUUCAUGUGCGAAAUGGAAAUUGCAAAUAUCAUCUAGGUGAAGAAACAUUUAAGUUAGCUCAGACAUACAUGGAUAAGUUAUCAAAGCGUGGCCAGCAAGCAAACAGAGCUGCUCUCUAUGGAGAACUAUGUGCACUUCUAUUUGCAAAAAGCCACUAUGAUGAGGCGUAUAAGUGGUGCGUUGAGGCAAUGAAGGAAAUUACAGCAGGCUUGCCAGUCAAAGUUGUGGUGGAUGUUUUACGACAAGCUUCUAAGGCUUGUGUAGUAAAACGUGAAUUUAAGAAGGCAGAACAAUUAAUUAAACAUGCAGUGUAUUUGGCACGAGAUCAUUUUGGAUCCAAACACCCAAAAUACUCUGAUACGCUGCUAGAUUAUGGGUUCUACUUACUCAAUGUAGACAAUAUCUGUCAGUCUGUUGCAAUUUAUCAGGCAGCCCUUGACAUUCGACAGUCAGUGUUUGGAGGCAAAAAUAUUCAUGUAGCAACAGCUCAUGAAGAUUUGGCUUACUCUUCCUACGUUCACCAGUACAGCUCUGGGAAGUUCGACAAUGCCCUAUUUCAUGCAGAAAGAGCCAUUGGUAUCAUUACCCACAUCCUACCUGAAGAUCAUCUUCUUUUGGCCUCUUCAAAGAGGGUGAAAGCACUUAUCUUAGAGGAGAUUGCAAUUGACUGUCAUAACAAGGAGACGGAACAGAGGCUGCUUCAGGAAGCACACGACUUGCACUUGUCUUCACUCCAGCUAGCUAAGAAAGCUUUCGGAGAGUUUAAUGUACAGACUGCAAAACACUAUGGUAACCUCGGAAGACUUUACCAGUCAAUGAGAAAAUUUAAGGAAGCUGAAGAAAUGCACAUAAAAGCAAUUCAGAUUAAAGAACAGCUUCUUGGUCAAGAAGAUUAUGAAGUCGCCCUUUCAGUGGGACAUCUGGCAUCUUUAUAUAAUUACGACAUGAAUCAAUAUGAAAAUGCUGAGAAAUUAUAUUUGCGAUCUAUAGCAAUUGGGAAGAAACUGUUUGGUGAAGGCUACAGUGGACUAGAAUAUGAUUACCGAGGCCUCAUUAAACUUUACAACUCCAUUGGAAAUUACGAGAAAGUAUUUGAGUAUCACAAUGUUCUAUCUAACUGGAAUCGGUUACGAGAUCGACAGUAUUCAGUGACCGAUGCCCUUGAAGACGUCAACAGCAGCCCCCAGUCCACCGAAGAAGUGGUGCAGUCCUUCCUAAUGUCUCAGAAUGUUGAGGGACCAAGCUGCUGAGGGACAGCCUCAGCUAACAAUUACCUUUUCCCAGAUUCCGGGGAAUUCAUACUGUGAAAUCAAAACCAUGUUGUUUUGGGGCUGGUAUUUGCAUUGAAACACUGGUCCAGUCCAUUGAAGACCCUAUUUAGGGUAGUCCUGUAUUGCAGUUCCUGUAGAAUAAGCAUAUAUUGAGUUAUAUCAGCAUGUGCCGCGUGUAUAAGUAGUCCCACAUUCUCACCCCAUUAGAACAACAGGAAACCUUUUUCCCCUUUUUAAAAAAUAAUUCGUUUUUCAGAAAGCCUGAAAGAAAAAAAGAACCCCUAAAUAAAACUAUUUAAGAGUUUAAAAGAGUUGCAUUCUUAUUAUGUAAGGAUGGUUUAACAACUUUUUAACAUAAUUCUUCCAUGUGGAGGUAUUCGAUACUGUAUUGUAAAGAAAUUUUAUGGAAGACUCUUUAUAUGAAGUAUAGAAAAGUAACACAGGUACUCAUAAAGGGGAGCAUCCUGAUGGAGGUUUGGCCAUCUUCCCCAGAUCAGUGCGUACAGCCAUUCCAGAACUGUUUGAGGGAAGACGUCAGAUUCACCUGACUGGACCAGUGCUGCUCUGUCAGUCAACACCAGGUGGACCAGCAGCUCAGCUCUUACUCUUGUUUCUGGUACAGUGGUGGGCUGCUCUAACAGUGUUUGCUAACAGGACCAGGAGGCUCUGAAGAGGACCAGGCACCUGUGGAAGGUGGUUAUUUGGACCAGGGGCUUUAGAUUAUUAUUUUAGUCACUGCACUUGCCUUUUCCAAUAGAAUAAUUUCAUUUAGAUGGAAUGCAAAGUAUUAAUGCAAGAGUUUUGUUUGUAUCAUAGAUACCAAACUGGGAUUUAGGCAAUGUCAGCGGCAAAUUUUUAGUCAAGGUACAUAGAUGGCAGUGUCAUAAGCAAGUCUCUAACUGCUGUGACCACCCCCAUUUUAGUCUUGUCCAGUGCUCCAUGUUGCAUACUGGCUGAGAGUCGUGAGAUAACUCAUGCUCAGACGAGAAUUCUAGGUUUACUCUGUGGGGAUUAAGACGAUUGAAUGCACAAGAAAUGCAUAAGUCUUAGAAAAUCCUUCAUUUUUAUGGGAAAUAAUAGUACAUCUAGUCAUUUUAACUGAAACCCAGAGUCAAAUGGGAAGAUCCUCCAACUACAAUGUCUGAUUUUCUAAUUUGUUAAAGCUAGCCAGGUUGUUUAACAUGGAGCUAAUACUCAAUUCCUAAGUUGUGACAUAUAAUAAAAAGAAACAAAAAGGUC